AGUUGACUAACAGUAGAAAUGUUAAACCAAAUUAUAGGCCUGAUUGUGUUUGAAUGUUAUCUGCCUAUUUCCUGUAAGUUUUUGCACUGUGAGAAACACGCAUUUUAUGUAUUGAGCAAUUCAUUCAAAAACAGAAUUGAAAGUGUGUUCUUUUCUUUCACAAAAUGGGAUGAGCACAAUGAUGCCUGUUUAGGUUUCAUCUUAGCUGUUCGAAAGGCCUAGUAAUCUGACACCUUAUGUAGUAUGUAGUAGACCUGUAUGUGGAUGUACUCUGUAAAGCAAGGUACAGGGGAACAGAAAUUACACUAUAUCAUACUCGUCAAACUAACUAUAGUGCUGUGCAUGAGGCUGAGAUGUCCACCAAUCUCCACCUAAUAGUUUUAAACAGAUCUGGGAAACCUGAAUGAUUUCUGACAAAGCAGCAUAUUUUUGUAUUAGAGAAAAAUAUAUAUAUUCAAAAAGAGAGUCGUUUGUGUGCUCUGAAAAUAGCCGUGGUGAAAAUAGCGUGCUGGGCUUACUGUAACGCACAUAGUGUAUUAAUACAAAAUGUCAUCAGUUUUGCUCAGACAGCUGUGAUUAACAUGGGGGCCAUGGACAGCCUGUGUGGUUUCAGCAGCCACACAAGUGGUAGAGAAGGAUGCAGGGGACUCAAAUUAUAACCCCAGACCAUGCAAGCAAGGCAAACUGAAGAGCCACGUAAACCAAAAUCCAACAAAGUACACCAACAUCAAAUGCACAGGUCUACCAAAUUAAGAUUGUUAUACUGCAACCAGUAAGUCAAACUGAUUGUUUGCCUUUGUUAAUGUUGAUUAUUAAACAAAGAACGCAUUGUAUUUGGUGCUACGUAGCACAUCAAAACAUUAUCAGAUAAGGUUAGAACAAUUCACAGAAAAUUCAACAUAGUCUUUGAUAGAGAUAAAGGAGAGGAAAAACAAUAGAAUACAUGGACAUCUAUAAUAAAAACAAUAUUGACUACAGGGUUUUUGGUUGUAUGUUAUAUUAAGCUUUGAACAACCAAGGGAAUAAUCAUUCCAAAAAUUAUUUUCAGUGUGAUUUGAAUCUUACUAUCUACAGUAUUUCAAGUAUCUGGUCAUUAUCAGACUGAUGCACUCUUCCGCUGUCCAAAAUCUACACAAGCCUGUCAGUGGAGGCUUGGCUUGUGUCCUCACUUCUCUUCAAGUUAAAACAGAGAUGUUGUGUCAGGGAGAGAUACUUGAGACAGAUAGGGCUGGUUUCCCAGACACUGCCUAGUCUUGGAUAAAAAAGCAUUCUCAUACUGUGUCCUGUAAGCCAGACCAUAGGGUCAGGAGAGAGGGUAAUCUGAGUCUAGUAGCAGAGCUACUGUACACUGUACCCAUUGUGAGGAAGAAUAUUUUGGUGAGAAAAACACAUUUGGUCAGAAAAUAUUAUAUUUACGAUUUCUCAAGAAUCCCCCCACCAACACUACUAGGUGUUUUAUCUCCUCUCCCUUAAUCUCCACAGCUGUUGCAGGAUUGCAAAAAGGAAGUGGCAUGAUUUUAUCUGUCCAGCUAAUCUACACACAGAUAAAACAGUUGUUUGGAUAGAAAUGCAGCAGAAUUCAUCGAUGUAUGUGAGUCAUUAUUUCAUUGAUAUGGCUACAACUGAAGCUACUGGUUUGUUUUUUAAUUAACAUAUGUACACCACUACGUUUAUUUGUAGGGAUAGCAUAGUAUAGGGAAUAACGGGUACAAGUGCCGAACCUUGCUGAACACCACAUCCAAUGUACACACUGAUACUGGUCUGAGAAGUAGGAAUUAAACCAGUUUAAAAUGUGAAAUGACAAUGUUUAGUUAUCUGGCAUUGAAACAUGGUAAACAGGUUUAAUAUUAGAUGUGUAAUAUUCAUCUAGAUUCCCAUAGUGUAUGCAAGGUAUAUGAAUAUGGAUACCUGCACUUUAGCCACAAAAAAAAAAAAAACGAAAUUUGGUCACAAUGAGAUGCAAAGAUGCUACCCACUGACAGAUGAUGCUAUGCUAAAAGACUUGACAGUUGAGACAGGCCUUGAAAUGAUUGGCUGGUUUGGGAGGCGACGCAAUUGAGCCUUAAUAAAUGUGAGAUGUUAGAAUCUCCCCCUGACAAAUCACCAAUGACCAGGAACCGCCACCAGACACACUGAGAUGUGUACACCCACAAAGAUAUACAGAAGUCAAAAUAUCAGGUUCCCUUUUAAUUUUCAGUCAUUGAGUAGGGCUAAUUUAUUUUAUUUUAUUAGAUAAAAUUUGAGUCCCAGAGAGUAGCUUGACUUACAAGUGGAUAAAGCUGUGUAGGCAGAGGGAGACAUUUUGGGUUUCGUUUGGUGAGAGGAAAUUUGGUAAACGUUGUGCAAUGGUGCGGGAAAAGUUUUGAAAGAGUGUGAGAAACAAUUGAAGCUAAGUGCCUGAAGUAGGUCGGUUCAAGAAGAAGCCUUCAUGUUGCAUCCGUACAGAAUGGAGGGGUACCUCAUCUCACCUGGUCCUCCAUCAGAAGACAUGUACGAACCCGACAUCUAUAGACAACAGAUGUCAGAAUAUUCAUAUCCGUAUGUCAUCGAUGCAGAGAGUCAAGGAGAUCACUGGGACUAUCACACCACUCAUCAUGCCCAUCCUCUGGACUUUGACAACCUCCCAGGGGGCCACUUCACUGAGCUCCAGAGUGUCCAGCAACUACAUCUACCCAGUAUGGCUCGUUACAGCGAUGUUGACACUCUCUCUCUGGACCCUGGCCUUGGGGGACACAACCAUGCCCUACCCCCACCGGUGCCAUAUUACCCUCGUGCCAUGGGCUACUUGCACCCCUCUCCUCAGACGAUGAGGAGCUCAGACGACGAGGAGCCAGGAGGCCGCAGCCCUCCACUAGAAGUGUCUGAUGAGGAGUGUCUGAGGGACCACAUCGCCCACGUAACAAGGGGAGAAUUGGGCAACAAGAAGAAGAUCCGUCUGUACCAGUUCCUGCUGGAUCUGCUGAGGAAUGGGGACAUGAAGGACAGUAUCUGGUGGGUGGACAGGGACAAGGGCACCUUCCAGUUCUCCUCAAAACACAAGGAGGCACUGGCACAUCGGUGGGGCGUACAGAAGGGCAACCGCAAGAAAAUGACCUACCAGAAGAUGGCACGGGCUCUUCGCAACUACGGCAAGACAGGCGAGGUCAAAAAGGUCAAGAAGAAGCUGACUUAUCAGUUCAGUGGUGAAGUGCUCGGGGGGAGGUCUCACUUGGAGAGGAGGCCAUAUUCCCAAUUGUAGAGGGAGAAACAUAGUGGAAGUCCUGAAGAAGGGUAGAGUGAGAGAGAGAGAGAGAUAGGUAACUGUAUAUAGUAUUCAAGAUGUUUAUCAAUGUAAUAAUUAUUGUUUAUGUUCAAAUCAACAAUAACUGUUUUUGCUGCUCUUGUAAAAAGCAUUUAUGUGAACGUCAUUUUGACUCAAUGAUUGCACACACACAUCUGGAUCUUUUACAUUCCAUUAUCACUUAGAAAUAGGGCUGUUUUAAAUGAUACUGUCAAUCAUUAUCACCAGAAUGCUUACAGGAGUGGUAAUACAGAUGACCACUAGAAGUCCUCAGAGAUCUCCUUUCUUCUACGCACUGUUGGACUCACUGACCAUUGUGUACAUUUGACAUCAAUUAGACUUGGAUGCAACGUUAACAAACAAAAAGACUGAUAAAGAACUCUUUAGCAUUAAUGACAUUGAUUUGAUACUCUGAAAUGCACUGACUUUGGAUAAGCAAUUCCUAUUGCUUAACCUUUGCUGUAGCGGCAUACAAACACAACAUAUUAUACGUUAGCUUUUGCUAAUCAGAUUUGAGUAUUCAGCCAAGCCGUGGUAUAAAGCUUGUAUAUUUGUAUGAUGGUAUUACAUGUGUAUUACAUACUAACCUAUGUUAGCUCAAGACUUUGGGAAGUAAACCCUUCUGAACAUUGGGAGACGUAACCUGCAACCUUUCCGGACCCUCCCCUUGACUAUUACUUCCCUGUCACAUCCCAUUGACUUGUUCCUGAAAUGGGGGAGGGUGAAGAGGCUUGUGACCCAGCCCUUAUCAUCUGCUUGUGUUCAAAGAUGAAGCACAGACCCUUGCCUCCUCUGAGCUAAGGUGCAAUCUAUUCCUAGCCUAAGAAUACCAACACUCUAGCCCCAGACCCAUUGACCGCUCUGUUUGGUACAGUUGAUGGGAAUAACCACGAAGGGAAAGCUGUCUCUCUUUGUACUCUAUUAGCCAAAAGGCUCAUAUUGCAAUUUUGGAAACUGGAGACUGUACCCACCUUUGAAAUGUGGUUACGGGAUUUAGGGAAUGUAAUACAUAUGGAAAAGAUUCGAUACAAUACCUCCAAUAGAAGUCCAAUGUUUUACAAAAUAUAUCAGCCGAUACUGGAUAAAUGGUCUAGUCCCGCUUCAUAACUGGGUUGAUGAUCUGCUGCUACUCUGUGCUGGACUCCACUCAAUAUCUGUUUUUGGCUUAACUACACUGCUUGUAAUGACUAUAUGCUGUCUUCUUAUACAUGUACCACCUAAAAGGAUUUUGUUUUAUUUUGUGUAUGUGUGAGUUAAGUUUUGUUUUGUCCUCUAAAUUGGCCAUCCCAUUCAACAGUACAAUGAAUGUCAUUGUUAGUGUUGCUGUCUUUUUUAUUUGAUUUUUUAUUGUAAAAUAAUAAACAUAUUAUAAAAAAGAAAAAAAGAAUACCAACACAGGGAUAUUUGUCCCAUGCUCUCAAUCAUAGACCCCUGUUUGAACUGUAUGAAAGUGUAUAUGACCAGUUAUUCUUCCAUACUCUAUGUGCUCUCUGUAUAACGCAUGUUGGCAUGUUUGGAUGUUGGCAUGACUCAAUUACAUAUCUGCAUGUGAUGAA